AUGCCGCUUCUCUACGGAGAAGGAAGCAGAGCCUUCGGACGGCUGCUGGAAGAGAUAAUGAGGAGAUCUGACGAUCAGUCAAUCUUUGCAUAUGGCGACCUGAUUGAUGACGACAACGAAGACGCAUCUGUUCCUCAUGACAUUGAUGCAGCAACUGGAAUGGAAGUCCCUGCCUCUGCCGCGAAGGCAUGUCUGCCGGACACCCCAGCCGCCUUCCGGAGUUCGGACGACAUCUCAUGGUACGGAAGUCGCUCGGGCAAGCAUUUCUACUGGACCCAAAAAGGUAUCGUCAUUAACCAGCCCAGCAUCGCUCUGCCAUCAGGCGAACUGCUUGCACCGAUCGCCUGCAGCGUGGCAGAUGGGACAAGGCACCAGCGGUUGGACACCAGGAGGCUAUGCCUGAUUCUUGACGCCGGUUUCGAAAGCGGCGACGUGGUGUUUUGGAGAAGAGGCGCAUCCCUGACACUUGUUACACAGCGGUAUCUCGAUCGCUUCAUGCGCCACCGCGAUAUAUAUUUGUCAACCGUCGAUCAUAAAGUCUUUCCGCACCGCGAGGCCCUCUUGGUUUCUGCCAGUUUCUGGGAGACAUUCUGCAUUCGUAGGACGUAUCCUAACCUUUAUGCUCGACGUGGCCCGAGAGGAGUGACCUAUAUUCAUCUACACUCUCGAUUUCCGAGGGCCCCCUAUACUGAUAACAUAUUUCUCGACUACACGACUCGAGGUUCGCAUCAAUUUGCGCUGCAUAUCCGCUUCCGCUGCAGCGGUGUGGAUAUGCAACCUUUGACACAGCAUGAAUUGACAAGAUCUUCGAUCGACCUUUACCGCGGGUUGAAAAAGAAGGCUCUUUAUGUUUGUCACCAACGGGCGGAUUAUUCCAUGGCCGAGCUCAUGCUGAAUACACCUGAGUACAACGAAGAUAUUUUUCACCGGAUAGCCGACAACGACUACCGACCCACAAUCGCCUGGAAGCCCUGCACGGAUAUUGAUGGUUAUCACAUUGGCCUUGUCAGAUUGCCAGAUCAGCGCUUCAUGCUGGACACCAGUUAG